UCUGAAGGUCAAAAGCUCCAGAGAUUCUCAAAGAUGCAAAUCAUCUGUUUGGGACUGCUCCUUUUCAGUCUGACCCUGGCAGCACCAACAUUGCAACCACAAGCUGAGAAAACCAAGCAAGACUGUGUGGAAGAACAGAGGAUAACGUACAAGGGCCACCAUGAGAAACAUGGGUAUUAUAUUUUUAAGUAUGUUUACACCUCAUCUGGGAGGAAAAAUCAAAGUGAUGUGAAGGAAGAAAAAAACAAAGACAAUGUUGCUCUUCCCCAUUCUGGCAAGAGAAGAAAUCAAGAGCCAGCACCUAAAGAAAACAUUGUCCAGAGGAAAGAGAAAGGCUUGUCCCUCCAUGGAACCAAUGAAAAAAACAAAAGCACUAAAUCCCAAAAUCUUUUGGAAAAGAGACAGAUGAUGAAUAAAGACUACAGUGUUAAUAACAAAGAAAAUGCCCACAACGGCCUGAAGAUGCCCUUUGAUCCUGAAUCGGCUGGGAAUCACGGGGCUGAGGUGGGAGACAAUGCUAUUAGCAAACUAGAUGACCAAGAAGAAUAUGGCGAAGCUCUCAUCAGAAAUAACCUGCACCACAGGAUGGAGCCAGGGACUGUGAUGGAACUCUUGGGGAAAGAAAACAAAGAGAACAAACCCAGGAAUGUGCUGAGCAAAAUUCCAGCGGGUGCCAAUUAUGCUAAAGCCCCCUCAAAAAUUAAGAAAAAUCAUCAAAGAGAUUCUCAAGCCCAGAAUAAUCCAGUAAAAAGCAAAAGUACCCACCAUCUCCAACACAACGUGGACUAUCAAAAACAGCUCCCCAAAGUCAAAAAAGUCCUCAGUGAUUUUGAAGGCAGUGGUUACCCAGAUCUUCAAGGGCGGGGAGACACUGAUAUCUCUCCUUUCAGUGGAGAUGGUCCACCUUUUAAGGACAUUUCUGGUAAAGGAGAUGCUAUUGGUCCUGACCGAGAAGGUACAGAUAGUCAAAUAGAGUUUUCCAGCCCAAGUGAAGUUGAGAUCAUUAGUCCUGACACAAGAGGACCAGGUUAUAAUGAGAUCCCAGAUCAUGGUGGACAUACCAUUGGAACCAGGGGUGAAACAGCCCAAGAGGCAAAUGCUGCUGAUGUAAGGCUAGUGGAUGGCAGCAAUGACAUUACAGGUAGCACCGAUUUUAAGAAACUCCCUGGAAAAGAAGGAAACAGAGUGGAUGGCAGCAGCCAAAAUGCUCAUCAAGGGAAAACAGAAUUUCAUUACCCUCACACACCCACAGAAGACAAAAGAAAAGAUGGCAGUAGUGAUGGAGCUGAAAGCACUAAUGAAAUUCCAAAAAGUGGCAAAGGUGGUAGUAGAAAAGGUACAGAACAUUCUAAUAGGAAUCAAGCGACCUCAAAAGAAAAACAAAGAUUUCCUAGUAAGGGCAAAGGUCAGGGCCAGCUCAUUCCUUCUCGCCGUCUUGAUAAUGAAAUUAAAAAUGAAGUAGGUUCCCAUAAUGGCCCCAAUAAUGAAGGCACCAUAAUAACACACAGCAGGAAAAAUUAUUACGUUCCCCACAGACAAAAUAAUUCUGCGCGGAACAAGGGUGUGUCGCAAAGCAAAGGCUCCUGGGGUUACAGAAAGCCCCAUUCCAAUAGGAGGUUUCGCCCCCCUAAAAAGCAUGACAGUAGUGACUCAUCUGACAGUGGCAGUUCCAGUGAGAGCGAUGGUGACUAGGAAUUCCCAGCAGGAUAAAGAUUUGAAUACUUAGUCACCUGUGACUUGACAGGGUAGUCACAUGAUAGCAGAUCAGAUGAAGGACAGAGCCAGGAAUUGAAUAAGCCAAGAAACCCAGCUUCCGGGGGAGAACUGUUGCUAUUUUAAUGGUCAUGGUAUGAAAUCCUGUUCAAAGUUAUGAUGCUUUAUGAAAUUCUACUCAAAGUUAUGAUGCUUUUUUAAGGAAAAAGAAUUCAUUAAGGAUUCAUGGAAUAGGUAACAUUUGAAUAGGUAUCAUUUAAAAAUAGGUUGUGAGUGUCACAAACCCCUUUCUCUGUUGUUUGCUCUGUAGACAUGAAAAACAAUAUCUCUCACAUGAUAAUCUGUAAUUAAAUGAUCUAUAAGAAA